UGGGUGUUUACGUGAUUGUUAGAUCAAUUGAUGGUGCCUCCCUCAAGUUGUCACUAAUAUCUGCUAAAACUGUACGUCACAGAGAAAUCUCCCUAUCUAUGUAAUCCUUCAAUCUCUUGCUAUAAUAUAUACAAAAGUAAUAUUGUGUGAUAGUUGUUCACAAAAAUUGUGAAGUGAAACAUUAGAAUGGCGGAUAUUGAGCAAGAAAAAUCUGAUAAUGCUGAAAAUUUUUCUAUGGCCACUAAUGCUGAUCCUAAAAAUAUGCAAGAAUUAACACAAUUCGUUCAAAGUCUCCUUCAAGGAAUGCAAGAUAAGUUUCAAUCAAUGUCUGAUCAAAUUAUUGGAAGAAUAGAUGAAAUGGGAAGUAGAAUAGAUGACCUUGAAAAAAAUAUUGCAGAUCUGAUGACACAAGCUGGAGUUGAGGGUGCUGAUAAAUAAAUGAAUCCAUGACACAGAAAAACGUGAUACUAAAUUAUUACCACUUGAUAUAAAUUUUGUAUCAGUGCUGAUUAUAAAUAGAGUGAUACUAAAUUAGCAUUUACUACUGAUAUAAAUUAUAUACAAAAUAAAUUUUACAUGACACUCACUAUAUACCUAUUAUACAGUAUGCAAUAGAGAAAAUCUAUGAAUACAGAUAUAAUUUAUAACUUAUAUUUUGAUUUUCUUUUAUAUAAAACGAAAAAAUAAAAUGGUAUUUAUUUAUUGUUCAUUGAAUUUCUAAAAAAUACUCUCUUAAAUUUAAAAUAAAUGUAAAAUAAUUCAUCUGAAAAGAAAGUUCAGUAUACAACUUAACUGUAUUAUUUACAAUCAGUAGUCAAUGCAAACAUACAUGAAAAAUAAUACAAAAUUUAUAUCACUGUGGUACACUAAACUGUUGAAACUGUUUCAAGAGUAUUGAUAUUUUUUAGUAUCACGAUUUUUUUUUGUGUACGCCUAUCGCUUCAUAAAUUUCCAUAUCAAGAUAUUUAAUAAUACUUUAUUAGUAUUCACAACACAUUAUUGAAAUGCAAUCAACAUCAGAUCAAUUUUGAUUUCUGUAUACGUCAAAUAUGUAUAUGAUUCUUUCCAUUUUUCAAAAUAAUAUUACAUAAGUUAUAAUUAUUCAUACCAUUAAAUGAUUUUGUUACAAUGAAUAAUACUGUGAAAUCAAUUACAAAGCAAUACAUUGGAUUCAUUUUA